UGAAACUUCCCUGCAACAACGAGCCGUGUUGUUGUUUCAGUCCGAGCAGAACCACAGAGAGAACCAGAGAGAGAACCAGAACCAGAGAGAGAACCAGAACCAGAGAGAGAACCAGAACCAGAGAGAGAACCAGAGAGAGAAGCAGAGAGAGAACCAGAGAGAGAAGCAGAAGCAGUUUUUAUUGCGGUUGCUGUUUGUUGAUCCCCGGGGGAAACUGGGUGAAGAUGACGGGGCGCGCCGGCUGGUUCACCUCAGUCCUCCUCCUCCAGGCUGCGGCUCUGCUCUCCUGCCAGGAGGCGCCGUGUGAGCCGCGCUUCACCCACCAAACGCUGCUUUUCACUGUUUGCAGGAAGCAGCUAACCAGCGGCUGGACGCUGGGCAACGUGUUGUUCCAGGGCUGCUCAGGACGCUUCGCUCUCAGCAGCAGCGACGGACGCUUCACGGUCGACGCUGACGGCACGCUGACGGUGAACGCAGAGCUGACUCUGCACACAGGACACCACGACUUCCUAAUCCACGCCUUCAGCUCCCACAGCGGCCAGGUGACCGUGCCCGCCAGGGUUGAGUACGACUGCAGCCACUGCACACGUCACCAUGACAACUGCCAUCACAACGACAGCCAACCUGGGCGUCACCAUGGAAAUGACCAGGCCAGCCAGCAGGACCCACCGGCCGACAGCACACAGAGUCCAGCCGAAUCAGAUGUUCGUGUUCUGUUCUUCCCCAAAUCCUCUCAGUAUUUGAGGAGGAGAAAGAGAGCCUGGGUCAUCCCUCCAAUUAAUUUUCCUGAAAAUGACAGAGGACCCUUCCCCAAAUUUAUGGUGCAGAUACGAUCUGAUGAAGAUAAAUUUAAGACAAUCAGGUACUCCAUCACUGGACCAGGAGCCGACCAGGAUCCUGUCGGCCUCUUCCAUGUGGACAGAGACAACGGGAAUCUGUACGUCACACAGCCGCUGGACAGAGAGAAACAGGACGAGUACAGGCUUCUGGCUGCUGCUGAGGCAGUCGGGUCAGGAGCUAUUGAGGAACCCAUGGAAAUCAAAGUGUUCGUCAUUGACAUGAAUGACAACAAACCCAUUUUCACCAAAGACACCUUCCUGGGAGACGUUCCCGAGGCCUCGUCUGUAGGUUUUGAGAUAACAAAGGUUGAGGCCACAGAUUUGGACGAACCGGGUAAUGCAAACUCAGAUAUUCGCUACAAAAUUCUGAGCCAGGAUCCACAGCUGCCCAAUGGCAAUAUGUUUGAAAUCAACCCUCUGAGUGGAGUCAUCCGGGUCAACUCUAAAGGGCUGGACAGAGAGAAAUGUAAGAAGUACACCCUGGAGGUGCAGGCUGCAGACUUAGAGGGAAUUGGGCUGACAGGGAACGCAAAGGUCAUCCUCUCCGUUACCGACAGCAACGACAACGCCCCGACCUUCAGUCAGUCCACAUAUGAAGCGACGAUCCCUGAAAACAAAGUGGGAGCUCUGGUUGUUAAGAUGCCGGUGAACGAUGGCGAUGAGCCCAAUUCUCCAGCCUGGAACGCCAAGUUCAAGAUCGUCAGCGGCGAUCCUGACGGCUAUUUCACCGUGGAAACAGGACCCAACAAGAACGAGGGCAUCGUCAAAACUGCCAAGGGCCUGGACUUUGAGCGGUCCCGUCAGCACACCCUGCAGAUCGCAGUGGUGAACGACGUUCCCUUCGCCUUGCUGCUGCCCACCAGCACCGGCACCGUGGUGGUGAACGUGGAGGACGUGAACGAAGCUCCGAUCUUCAAGCCGGUAGAGAUGCUGGUGGUGAAACCGGAGGACCAGGCUCUCGGUGCGCUGGUGACGUACACCGCCACCGACCCCGACUUCCAGCGCAAACAGACAGUCUCGUAUAAACUACUGAGCGACCUGGCCGACUGGCUGACCAUCAACAAGAACACGGGUGUGAUCAGUCUGAAGAGCAACUUGGACAGAGAGUCCCACUUCGUCACGGACGACAAAUACACCGCUCUGAUCGGCGCAUACGACAACGAUGACGUCCCAGCCACAGGAACUGGUACUCUGAUAAUCAAGGUGGAAGAUGUCAACGACAACGCGCCCAGCAUAGAGGAACGCUCCAUCAAGGUGUGUAACAAGGACACGGUUCCCCAGCACCUGUCAGUCACAGACAAAGAUGGACCAGGCAACACGUCCCCGUUCUCCGUCGCCCUGGACGGAGAGUCCCAGAAGAACUGGACCGCCAGGAUGAACGCCAGCAAGACGGGCAUCAUCCUGACGCUGGCAAGGGUGCUGCCACAAGGCGAGUACACCGUGGUGCUGAAUGUGCGAGACGCCAAGAACGAGCAGGUGAGCACCCUGCUGGCCACCGUGUGCGACUGCACCGGAGAGAACGUGUUCUGCAGUCGUAUCAACCCGGCCGGCGUGCCGGUGCCGGUCAUCGUGGGAGUGCUGGCUGCCAUCCUGCUGCUGCUGAUGCUGGUGUUGCUGCUGCUGCUGUUCCUGAGACGAAGGGGACAAGAGAAGAUGGUUCCUCUGCUGCCGGAGGACGAAGCCCGAGACGACCUCUUCCACUACGACGAGGAGGGAGGAGGAGAGGACGACAAGGAUUAUGACCUGAGCAUCCUCCAUCGUGGGCUGGACAACCGUCCUCAGAUGUUCCGGGACGACGUCAAGCCAAAUUACGUGCAGAUGCCGCAGUACCGGCCCCGUCCCGCCAACCCCGAGGACAUCGGCAACUUCAUUCAUGACAACCUGAAGGCAGCGGAUAGUGACCCCACGGCGCCCCCUUAUGACUCCCUGCUGGUGUUCGACCACGAGGGCGAAGGCUCGGACGCCGGCAGCCUGUCCUCCCUCAACUCGUCCAGCAGCGGAGACCAGGACUACGACUGCCUGAGCGAGUGGGGGCCUCGCUUCAAGAAACUGGCCGACAUGUACGGCGGGGGGGAGGACGACAUGCUGUGAGCGGGAAAACAUGACUCAGCAUUAACGGGAUGAAACUGCUGAAUGUAAACCUCAGGAAACUGCUUCCCUUCCCUCUGUAGCCCCUAACCCCAACCCACCGCACGCUUCAGGAAAGGUUUGCUUCUUUAUGAAUCGCUGUCUGACCCCCACACUGAGGAAUAAAACUGCUCACACACACACACACACACACACACACACACACAGGGCACACCCUUCCACACACACACACACACACACACACUCACACACACACACAUUACUGCUCCCUGUACAUGCAGUAAACUGGAUUCUGUCGCAGCUGUUCUGUUCCCUUCAUUCUGCCUUUGUGGAGUUUAUAUUGCUGCUUCUGUUUAAUUAUUAAAUGUCUUUUAUAAUAAAGUUAUUGCUUGAGGCAUGAAAUUACAGAAACGAUCAGGGUGAAAGUACUUAGCCUCAGGAGGUUUAGUCACUGAAUAGAAAAAUGCUUUUUAAAAUGUUUGAUAAGAGGAUGCUGUAAAUGUCAUGUUUCAGGAACAGGUUGACUUGCUCUGCCUGCAGCGAUUGGUUGAGGGAAUGGGUCUUUGUGAGUUGUCUUAUUUUAGAAAUACUGCAGAAAGAGGUGUUAUGAUGCUCUUUGCAUAUUUAAAUAAAGAUCUAAAAAUAAAACAUGUUGUCUUCUCUGAUUAAACAUGAAACAAAGAACAACAUAA